UUCCCGCCUCGGGGUAACGGCCGCGAGGGGCGGGCUGCGCCAUCUCUUAGCAGCGGCCCCGCGAUGGAGGCCGGCACCAUCGAGCAGCUUCGGCGGGAGGCGGCGGAGUAUUAUAGCAACCACGGAGUGCAGCAGCGAAUGGAGGACGCUCUGAACGCCCUCUUCCCGCUGUGCCCCGCAGAUCUCUACGGGGAUUUGGCUAACUACUUCUCUAAAUUUUCCAAAGCUCCAGUCAUAUGCAAAGUGGCUGGAAGAAAAGUUCUUGAUGGAGUUGGUCAACCAACAUUAGAAGUGGAAAUACACUGCACUGUGAAAAACUACGAGAAGAGGAUUUGUUCUGCUGUAAUUUCUUCUCAUUAUCAAAUACCUGAGAAUGCUUUAUCUGGAACUGAAGCUGAUGAAAAAGAAAGAAAUGACUCUGUUACCAUUGCUGUGGAAUGGGUGAAUGAAUCACUAAACACAAUGUUAAGAGACUUGAAGCCCACUGACCAGUGUGAAAUUGAUAAGAUGCUUGGUGAAUACUUUUCAAAAAAGGUAGAAGAAAAAAAAGAAACUGAAAAAGAGAAAGAAGAAGACGACACUGCUUCCAUAACUUCUUGUGCUCCACCAGCAGUGGCACCAUCUGGGCAAAAAAAGGAAGCAAAAGGAGGGAAGAAGUCAAAUACAGAGAUAACAAUCCCACCUGCAGAACCCAGUGAAUCAGUGCUCUGUGGCAGCUUAGCCAUUGGGGGAACAUCACUCGCUAUAGCUAAGGCUGGUGCCUCUAUUAAUCACACCCCAUUGUACUUACACAUUGCACUGCUGAAACACAGUCAGGAUUCACCUAAAGAAAUGACUCUGCCACUCCCAAUGGUUACUCUGUUGAGCUGUGAAAAAUUGUCACUUGCAAAACUCAAAUUAAUGAAAGAAGUUAUGCUCAUACCACCAGUUCAGUUAUCGAUCAAACAGGGCAUUGAAAGAGCUCUGGACAUUCAAAAAGAAAUGAUGAGACUGCUGGAGCCUGCAGGGAAAGGGCCCAAUCCUCAACUAGCAGACAGUAAGAAAGGCAAAGCACAAAGUAAAGAGAAGAAAGCUUCGCCACCAGCCUUAAGAAUAUCACACUUAGGCUGCCUAAUAAUGGGAUAUGAUAACCUAGAGCAACCUCUCCUCCUAAUGCAAACGGCUUGCAACAAUAUAGGUCUGGAGCUAGGAACAGAUAUGUAUUUAGCAAUUAAUUGUGCUGCUCAUGAAUUAAUGGACUAUACUAAAGGAAAAUAUGAAAUACUCACUGGAACGUUCAAAAGUCCUGAUGAAAUGGUCGACACGUACGUGGAACUGGUUAAUAAAUUUCCUUCUAUUAUUGCCUUAGUAGAUCCCUUAAGGAAAGAGGACAGGCAGCAGUGGAAUAACGUGUGUUGUGCUCUCGGUUCCAAAUGUUACCUGAUUGCUGAAGAUGCUGCCACAAAUACUUCCAAACUUAAAACAGACCAGAAUAUAAACAUACCAACAUGCAGUGGUAUUGUCCUAAAAUAUGUUAAUCAAACCAAGAUAUCAGACCUUGUAGAACUGACUGGACUUCUAGAUGGUCAAAGACGUAUUACCAUAUUAGGAAGUCCAGAUGGAGAAUCUUCUGAUGAUAGCCUUGUGGAUCUGGCUGUUGGACUGGGUGCCAGGUUUGUCAAGUUGGGAGGUCUUUCCCGCGGAGAAAGGGUGACCAAAUACAACCGCCUUCUUGCUAUAGAGGAAGAACUGGCCAAGAAUAGAACGCUACGGUAUGAUGCCAAUUUUGAAUUUACUGAUUUCACUGAAGAAUUACAGCCAGAAGAACAAGAGUCUGAAAUCCUUCCUCCCCCACAGCAAGAUUCGGUGCCUUCAGAGCUCACUGUGCCAGCCCUGCAGGGUCACAACACGCCUGCUCAGCUCCUGGAGAGCAGCACACUGACCUAGGUUGCCCAAAAUAACUGUCUGUCAGGAGACCAUUGCUUUCAGCUGAAACCAAGUUAACUGAACACUGACUGCAGUUUGAAAACACCGCAAAAUUCUAUGCUGUAUUUACAAGCUGACAAAACCUCUGUGUUAACUUCAAAACCAAAUGUUUGUUUUGAGAAAGCAGAGCUCUCUCUCCACACAAAGAGCAAGCCAGUGACAAACAGCAAAAAAAAAUAGCAUUUUACACAAAAACAAAGGCCCUGACUGUUAACGCUGCUCCAUCCCCCCCACACAACCCUCAAUGCUGCUCUUAGAUCUGGCCUACAAGGGAAAUGUCGCUCCAGUUCUAGCGAGCUAUCAAUACAAGUGCAUCAGUGCAAACUCCAAAUGUAGGGCACAGAGCUGUAAUUUGCAUCACUAGGAAGCUCGCUUCAGUCUGAAGCAAGGAAUAACAACUUCACAAGGUCUGGGAAACUCGUCAGUAGUCUCUUUAAUAAGCACCAGAGAAAAGAUAAAUAAAUUAUUUAUGUUGCAGGUAACAAAGAGUUCACAUAAAAGAAGUUUGGGUUGUUUGUUUUUUUUAAACUUUUUUUUUUUUAUAAUUUGAAAAUUUGAACAUAUAUCAUACAGCAGUAAUAAUUCAAGGAAAAGGGCAUAUAUAAAACACUGCAUUUUAUAUUCAGUGUAAUAGACUGUAAUAGACACGAGUGAAAAAUUAACCACCACUACCCUCCAGAAAGCAAAGCGUCAGAUAAGGAGAGACAAAUUUCCCCAGGUUUAGCAAUUAAACACAGUUCAGUAAUUCGAUCAAAUCCAGGAUUAUCUUAGCAAACAUGCAGAAACACCAGAAAAGCUGUGAAACCACCACACUCGUUACUAUCACUUCACUUGGAGAAAAAGCACCAGACAGUUGCAUGCAGAGCCAAACUAACAAACUCAGAACAGUCAUCCUUCAGCACUAUCGCUGUUUCAAACCAUUAAACAGAAAAUAACCCAAGUGCAUUCAGGUACGCGACCACGCAAUUUCAGUUACACCGAUCCUCCUUAGGUUUUGCAUUUGUUCCCUGAUGAUGUUGGUUUGUUCACUAUAAAAGAAUGAGAUAUUGUGCUGGAUUUAAAAACAAGCUACAGUGAACAGGAAGUGGCAGCGCAGCAAGUCAGCGAUGCACCAACCUCCCUGUCCUCAUAGGAAAUCAGGGCUGAGGGAGACAAGGAGCUGUGUUACCAACUACAGAAAUCUAAAGUGUUACCUAAAAGAGAACUUCAAACCCCUGCUCUGUACUAGGAUCAAAGCAAAGGAUUCUUUGUUGAUGCUAUGGGUUUCACCGGGAAACGUCUCAUGAUGUUGACUCCAAAUGACCUGCAGUCCUAGAAUGGCUGCAUCCCAAAUGCAGGAAUUCCGAGAAGCCCACGAUAACUCAUUCUUGCAGCAGCACACGCAGACUUCAGCUGCAUCUGUACCAAAGUGCUACGUAAGACUGAAAGAGAAACCAGGAGAUAAAUCCUCAUUUGAAGAGGUGUUGAUCCAAAAGAGAGCACCGCUCUCUCCCCACAGACUUCUGGCACUAUCAUCACCAGAAGCCAUGGUGACAAAACGACACGCUGAGCUGCCUCCACCUCCGGGUUUGCUGUGUGCUUGGGAAACUACAACAGAAAUGUUACGUUUUGUGCUUUCAGCGUCAUCCAAGUGGCCGGCAUGGAGGCAGCUGUGUGCAGAUGUACAAAACUUCAUCAGUAGAUAUCAAAAUAUUUUUAAAGCAACGUGUCUAAAAAUUGCUUUGCUUUUGUU